GUCGGUUGUGCAUUCUUCCCUUUUAGGGAUCAGGGAUCAAAGGAAAUAAUCUAGGUGCACUGGGAUUUUAGUUUCCCCCCGCUUUAGCUAACCAGGUGUCCGUCUCAGAGCUGGCUGUAGAACCCAGGCAUCCUAAUCUCUUACCUUUGUUUCAAUUCCCGGGAUAAGAAGAUGAUGAAAGUGGUCAACCUCAAACAGGCCAUCCUCCAGGCUUGGAAGGAGCGGUGGAGUGAUUACCAGUGGGCCAUAAACAUGAAGAAAUUCUUUCCCCGCGGGACCACAUGGGAUAUCCUGAAUUUAGCAGAAGCACUUCUUGAACAAGCCAUGAUUGGCCCAUCGCCAAACCCGCUGCUCCUGUCUUACCUGAAAUAUGCUAUUAGUUCCCAGAUGGUGUCUUAUUCUUCUGUUCUGAUGGCCAUCAGCAAGUUUGAUGACUUCUCCCGAGACCUCUGUGUCCAGUCAUUGUUGGAAAUCAUGGAUAUGUUCUGUGACCGGCUCAGCUGCCACGGCAAGGCAGAAGAAUGCAUUGGCCUCUGCCGUGCCUUGAUGAGUGUCCUCAACUGGAUGUUGCGCUGCACUGCCUUCUACACAGAGAAACUGAAGGAGCCGCUGGAGCAGGGAUCUGCUGAGAACCAGCUCAAGAUGUGCCUAGAACGGCUGGCAAAGAUCCUGGACAGUACCAAGAACCGAGCCCUAAUUCAUAUAGCCAAGUUGGAAGAGACAUCUUCCUGGAGUGCAAUUGAACAAUCACUUGCCAAGCUGGGAGACACUUUGGGACACAUCAGUAACAGCCAGUUACAGAGCCAGGCAGAAGAGUGCAUCAACCUUGUCAAGAGUAUCCCCACUAUGCUCUCUGUGCAUUUGGAACAGCUGAACAAAACUGGCUUCCCCACUAUCCAUGCUGUGGUUCUGCUAGAGGGGACAAUGAACCUGACGGGAGAGCCACAGCCACUGGUGGAGCAACUCAUGAUGGUCAAAAGGAUGCAGCGCAUCCCAUCCCCACUUUUCAUUCUGGAAAUCUGGAAAGCUUGCUUCGUGGGGCUGAUUGAGUCUCCUGAAGGGACAGAGGAGCUCAAAUGGACAGCCUUUACUUUCCUCAAGAUUCCACAAGUACUGGUAAAACUGAAAAAAUAUCCUCAAGGAGAAAAGGACUUCACAGAAGAUGUGAAUUGCGCUUUUGAGUUCCUCCUGAAGCUGACACCCCUUUUGGACAAGGCAGAUCAACGCUGCAACUGUGACUGCACAAGCCUUCUCUUUCAAGAAUGUAGCAAGCAGAGUCUGCUCUCUGAAGCCAACAUGAACAACCUCGUAGCUAAACGGACUGCUGAUCGAGAGCAUGCACCACGCUUAAAGUCUCCUGAGAAUGCUAACAUUCAACCCAACCCAGGCCUCAUCCUGCGAGCAGAGCCCACGGUCACCAAUAUCCUGAAAACAAUGGAUUCAGACCACUCAAAAACCCCAGAAGGGCUGCUGGGUGUCCUGGGACAUAUGCUAUCCGGGAAAAGCUUGGAUCUGUUGUUGGCAGCUGCAGCAGCUACAGGAAAGCUGAAAGUCUUUGCUCGGAAAUUUAUCAAGCUUAAUGAACUUACCAAGCACAUCAGUGGUGAAGGCUCCAAAGCAGCUUCAGUCAGAGCACUGCUCUUCGACAUCUCCUUCCUCAUGCUGUGCCAUGUCGCCCAGACCUACGGCUCUGAGGUCAUCCUUUCUGAAGCUGGUCCACCUGGGGAAGUGCCUUUCUUUGAGACCUGGAUGCAGACCUGCAUGCCAGAAGAAGGGAAGAUCCUCAAUCCUGAUCACCCUUGCUUCCGGCCCGAACCCACCAAGGUGGAAUCACUGGUUGCUUUGCUCAACAAUUCAUCAGAAAUGAAGUUGGUGCAGAUGAAAUGGCAAGAAGCCUGUCUGAGUAUCUCUGCUGCCAUCUUAGAGAUCCUGAAUGCCUGGGAGAAUGGAGUUCUCACCUUUGAGUCAGUCCAGAAAAUUACAGACAACAUCAAGGGGAAAGUGUGCAGUAUGGCUGUGUGUGCUGUGGCUUGGCUAGUGGCCCACGUCCGUAUGCUGGGCUUGGACGAGAGAGAGAAGUCACUGCAGAUGAUCCGGCAGUUGGCAACUCCCCUGUUUGGUGAAAACACCCUCCAGUUCUACAGUGAAAGAGUGGUGAUCAUGAGUUCAAUCCUUGAGCACAUGUGUGCUGAUGUUCUGCAGCAGACAGCUGCACAUAUCAAGUUCCCGGCCACAGGAGCCGACACCAUGCCCUACUGGAACCUCCUUCCUGCCAAGAAGCCGAUCAAAGAAGUGCUGAUGGGUGUCUUCUCCAAGGUGCUGGAGAAAGGCUGGGUGGACAGUCGCUCUAUCCACAUCUUUGACACCCUUCUGCACAUGGGUGGAGUCUACUGGUUCUGCAACAACCUUGUUAAGGAGCUCCUGAAAGAGACACGGAAAGAGCAUGCAAUACGGGCUGUGGAAUUGCUGUACUCCAUUUUCUGCCUGGACAUGCAGCAGCUGACGCUCACCCUCCUGGGACAUAUUCUGCCCAAUCUGCUCACAGACUCCUCUAAGUGGCAUAUGCUAAUGGACCCGCCGGGCAAGGCCCUCGCCAAGCUGUCUGUGUGGUGUGCCUCCAGUUCCUACUCCUCCCACAACAAGGGGCAGACAUCUGCCUGGCAGCGCAAGAGGCACCGAGAAGAUAUAGAGGAUUACAUCAGCCUCUUCCCAUUAGAUGAUACCCAACCAUCCAAACUGAUGCGCCUGCUCAGCUCCAACGAGGAAGACACCAGCAUCCUGUCCAGCCCCAGUAAGUGGAAUCAUGCAGACCGUACUAUGAGCAGUUCACUGUCUGCCUCGCAACUCCACACAGUCAGCAUGAGAGAUCCCCUCAACAGAGUCCUAGCCAACCUCUUCCUGCUGAUCUCUUCCAUCUUGGGAGCCAAGACAGCUGGAACGCACACCCAGUUUGUUCAGUGGUUCAUGGAGGAGUGUGUAGAUUGCUUGGAGCAGGGAAGCCGUGGCAGCAUCCUACAGUUCAUGCCCUUCACCAUGGUCUCGGAGUUGGUGAAAGCGUCCACCAUGUCUAGCCCCAAAAUUGUCCUGGCCAUCACGGACCUCAGCUUGCCUCUGGGCCGCAGAGUGGCUGCCAAAGCCAUUGCCGCCUUGUAAGCGUCCCUGGAGGCAAGAGUGGGAAGUUGGAGAGCAGAAGGAGAGGAAGGGCCAUGGAGAACACUCCCUCUGUUCCAAGGAAGCUGCUACAUGGUGUUUGUGAACUGCACAUAUGCCCUGCACGAGCAGGCACUGCAGCAAUGGAAAAGUAUGCCAGGACAGAUUGCUGUGUUGGUCUCCAAGUCGCCACCAAGAGCGUCCUACCAGUGGGUUUGAAACCACCAUGAUUGCUGUCCCAGCUUCACCAAGGAUCGUUGGUGCUUUAUGCUUUUCAAACCACACUACCAUUUCUCAGCACCCAUGACGUCUGAAUGUGUUCAUCAGGUUUUGAACAUCCGUUUUGCUUUUGUUUGUCUUGCUUUGUAACCUUCUGGUCCCCCCCUCCCCUUAAUUCACAAAUGCCUGAAAGAAGCUGCAUUUCCAAGCAACGUAUCCUGUUAUAAGACAUUUCAGAAGUGUCAUGAUUUUUGAUAUUUUAGCGGUAUGUUAAAAAACAGUUACAGAAAUCAUUAUGAAAACAGAUCUUUAACACAGACUAUUUUCCUGAAGAGGCUGAAUUUUGCAAGAGGAGCAUGACAGUAAUCCCAGCAAACCUUCCCCUCCCCUUGCUAUUGUAUAUAUAGGUUCAGAUUAUUUUAAUAGCUUUUUUUGUGUUUAAAAUGCUUUAUAAAUAUUGGGGCAGGGACUCUUUUUGCCCUCUCUUUAGAAAUCCAUUUGGUGAAACACAGAGUUGUGUGUAUCUCCUAGUUCUAUGAUCAUACUUCAGAAGCAUGGGGUUUGGGACUGGGCACAGAACUGAGCAUCAUAAAAACAUAUGACACAAACUUUUGCGGACUGGAGUCCACCAUCAGAAACAUCUGUUGAAGUGGACUGUGGUCCUUUAAAACUUAUGCCAUAAUAAAUUUGGUGGUCUUUAA